GAGAGCAGUGGCUCACAAGUGCAUGGGCUGUCAAGGACCUCUCUCGGGUUUCUUUUUUUUCAACUGCUCUCCACCAUGAUCAACACCUACCAGACCAGCAUGGCUCCCCCGCCGGUGCCUCCGCGCCUCGCCGGAUCCCAGCCGGUCCUCUUCCCGGCCCCGCUGCCACCGCGACGCCACAGCAAGUCUCUCAUUCGCUUUUUGGUUGCUGUCGUGUUGCUGCAUUUAUUUUUGUCCAUCGGAGGAUUCAUCUAUCUGUACUACAAUGACAAAAUGCUUUCAUUUCAGCUUCCCUCAAGAAAAGGGGAGGAAGGACAAACGGCACAGUUCUCCUCAGAGAAGCAGGACACCUCCCACAAGGCUUUGGCACAAAUGGCAAUUUUUCACCCGCCGCACUCGUCAGAUCAGAAAUCUGCACCGGGUUAUCUCCAGUGGAACAUCAACCACUCGGUUCUUAGGAACGUGGCCUACUACGAGAACACUUGGUUGACUAUCCUGGAGCCUGGCGAUUACUACGUCUACUCCGGGGUGACCUUCUCCAGGGGCGACUCCGAACGCCCUCUGGUCAGCAGGGUGAAGCUGAGGAAGAAUGAAAAUGCCGAGGUAAGUGUUGCGAUGCAGGCCUACUGCAACCUGAGCAGCAGCAGCAGCGGCAGCAGCGGGUCUCCGUCGAGCCGUCACCUGUGCACGGCCACGCAGGCAGCGGUGAUCACGCUGGAGAGAGGAAACCAGCUCAGUGUCUGGGUGCAAGACCUUCUACUGGUGAACUACGAGGAAAAAGCCACAACCUUUGGGAUGUACAAACUGUAGGAACCCACGUGUGUGAGCAACACGCACGGACUGUGCCACUGUAACAGCGGGAACUCAUUGAGUGGAUGUACAUGGAUUUAAAUCUACUCAGAAUGCUGUUAAAUAGACUGGAUCAGACAAGUGGAUUUUGAUCCGUUUUCUGUGGCGGCAAAGAACAGAUUCCAAAAAAAGAUAAUUUAUUUAAUCAGAUACAAUUGUGUGAUAUUUUUGUUGCAGUUGCCAGUGAUUGUACUCUAUUUAUUGAUGUAAAAAAGCUUGGCCGUGAAAUGAAACGUUGAUAUUUAAUCUAACAAAUUUCUUCUCUUUUCUUCGUCUUGCAUUUAUUUAAGACAGCACGAGGUCAUGCAUAGCAUUUGAAAUGCUGCAAAGGAAAGAUGUGCACAUACGUCCCGUGGUCCUUCACUGCUGAAAAUAACUUAGUAAUUUUAACAGAUAUACAGAAAUCCCAAAAGGUGCAGGUGAAUUGCACAAUUUAAAAUACCCAGAAUCAGCACCAACCUUCAGCAGGCCUUCAAUUUCUAGGAACAUGGCAAAGUCACUUUUUUCUCAUGCAGCUGAGCCACACGAAACAAGACCACUCGUCUCUCCAGAAGUGGUAACAACACUCGAUACCGAAGUUCCUUCCGUGGUGUGUGUGUGUGUGUAGAGACGUAUGCGCCAUGUGUUUUUAGUCCAGAAAGGUAAUCUA